AUGGCUGCUGUGGAUCUCGGCCGGUACCGUCGAAUCGUGCAGAUAUUCUGGGAUCCUGAGCCUACAAAUGACUACCGGGUCGACCUUCCCGUCUGGUGCUUGGGUCGGUCAUACAAUCUAAGCACCAAGGCUGGUAAAGAGAAGGGCAGCCGUGGCCAGACGCCGCCUACAACAGACACUGCCAGUUCCCAGACCAACGCUAAUAACCCAUCACCAGUGCCCCCAGCUCUGGGUCCCGAGACUCCUCCUGAUUCAGUGUCCAGCAGUUUCUCCUCCUCUUUGGCAUACGACGAUGAUUACUCUGUGCAAGAUGGAGGCUGGCCCGCUGCAUUCUUGGAUGAUUUCGAGUCCAAGUUCUGGAUGACGUAUCGGUCCGACUUUGAGCUUAUAGCCAAGUCUACUGAUCCUCGCGCUUCAUCAGCUCUGUCCUUGUCGAUGCGGAUCAAGAGUCAGUUGGUUGAUCAAAGUGGGUUUUCAUCCGACAGCGGAUGGGGUUGCAUGAUUCGGUCGGGUCAGAUGCUUCUGGCGAACGCGAUGGCUAUCACCAAUCUUGGUCGUGAGCAACCGUCUUUGAGGGUUUAUUCUACUGGCGAUGGACCGGACGUUUACGAGGACAAAUUUAUGAAGAUUGCGAAGCCUGAUGGCACUCGAUUCCAUCCGACGCUCAUUCUGGUGGGCACGAGGCUGGGUAUCGACAAGAUCACACCUGUCUACUGGGAUGCUCUGAUCGCUGCUCUACAGAUGCCACAGUCCGUAGGUAUUGCCGGAGGCCGGCCAUCUGCCUCACACUAUUUCAUAGGGGCACAAGGUUCCUUCCUGUUCUACCUAGAUCCCCACCACACGCGUCCAGCUCUUCCUUAUCAUUCGGAUCCAUCAAGAUAUACUGACGCGGACAUUGACACCGCCCAUACCCGGAGGCUGCGGCGACUGCAUGUCAGGGAAAUGGAUCCCAGCAUGCUGAUUGGGUUUCUAAUCAAAGAUGACGAUGAUUGGUCCGAGUGGCGACGCAAUGUUAAGCAUGUGCAAGGCAAGGCCGUGAUACAUGUCGCAGACAACGAUCCUGUUGCUGGAGUAGGCAGUAAAGAGAGAGAGAGUGCGAUUGACGAGGUGGAAACCCUUAGCGAUGACGAUGGAGAUACUAUCCUCGAUGUUUGA